CCACUAUAUAACCAGCAAUGGCCUCCCCACUCUCUUCCCAUUCAAUUCCAUCACCAUCCUCUUUCUUUUCUAUUCUAUUCCAACAACAACUCAUUCAUCCACCUACUACUUUCCCUUUCAAAUGGCAACCAAAGUCUACAUUGUUUACUACUCCAUGUAUGGACAUGUUGAGAAGCUAGCACAAGAGAUAAAGAAAGGAGCCGCAUCAGUUGAAGGCGUAGAAGCCAAACUAUGGCAGGUACCAGAAACUCUUUCAGAAGAGGUUCUUGGAAAGAUGGGUGGACCAGCAAAAGGCGAUGCACCAAUUAUCACACCCAAUGACCUUGCUGAAGCUGAUGGCUUUGUGUUCGGAUUCCCAACAAGAUUUGGGAUGAUGGCUGCUCAGUUUAAGGCAUUUCUUGAUGCCACUGGUGGUCUCUGGAGAACUCAGCAGCUUGCAGGCAAGCCAGCGGGCCUUUUCUACAGUACUGGCUCUCAAGGAGGUGGCCAAGAGACUACUGCGUUGACUGCAAUUACUCAGCUUGUUCACCAUGGAAUGAUCUUUGUCCCGAUUGGUUACACAUUUGGUGCUGGCAUGUUCGAGAUGGAGAAGAUUAAAGGUGGAAGUCCUUACGGUGCAGGAACUUUUGCUGGAGAUGGCUCUAGACAGCCAACAGAUCUUGAACUGGAGCAAGCUUUCCACCAGGGAAAACACAUUGCUACCAUCGCAAAGAAGCUCAAAGGCUCUGCUUGAUUGUUUCACUACAAACUCAUGUCCUAUUGCAUUCUGCUGUCCAUUUUUUUUUCCCUAUGUCUAGUAUACUCUUGUUUUAAGUUGCAUUUCUACUACAAAAAAAAACAAUAAGUGAUUAUUACCUAUUAUAUCAGCAUAUAUAUAGGGUCGGUGUCUAUCACAGUUCACAGAGGUUGUUUACAUGUUCUAUGAAUCAUACUUAAUUUUUUUUUCUCAUUUCAUAAUCAAUGGCUACAGCAACAAUCCCUUUA